CCUGCCAUCCAAGCCUCACUCAAUCACUCGAACUUCAACUCACUCAUCAUGGCCUCCAACCUCACCCAGACUCUUUCUUUCGGUGUGCACGAGGGUGCUGCCUUCAACGAUGCUACUACCCUCGGUGGUUUCCCCAACACCCAGGGGAUUAAGAGCAUCAAGCAGAUCCGCCUCAUGGCUGGCUGGUUGAUCGACGGCAUGGAGGUUACUUACCAGAUGAACGACGGCAGCACCAAGGCCGACAACCACCUCGGCACUGGCAAGCCCAAUGUUACGAUCAACUUCAACGACGAUGAGGUUCUCGUCUGCGUUACCGGCAAGACCACUUUGCCCGGCUACUACCAGAACAAGCCCUACCUGUGCUACCUGAAGUUCGUCAUCGUGAACACUGCCAGCGGCAAUAUCCGUGUGGAAGGUCCCUUCGGCAAUGGCGCUGGUGACGCCAAGUACACCGGCAAGACAUUCUCCGUCGCUGGCCCCAUCCUCGCCUUCGCUGGCCAGUCCAUCUCCGGCAACGAGCCCGCCAACGCUCUGACCCUCUCUUUCCUCAAGUCCGAGCAGCUCGCUCUCGGCAAAGGCCUCCAGUGAGUACUAUGUGCUCUUGUUUUAAAUUAAUAAAGUCGGAAAAAUCCGACAAGGUUGUCCUGCGAAUAUUUUGAAUGUGUAGCUUGCUCCGGCUUCCGUACCAGUUCUAUGCGGUAGUUUGUCAAUCCAAGUGAAAUUGUCCA